UCCUGUUGAAAGAUACAACUACAGAUGACCGUUGCCGCGUACGUUGGAUUCAUUUCGCUUUUUGCAUCGUUGGAUUCGAGUGGAGAGUUAUGCACAAGCCGGGUUACGAUGGUGCCGGUAGCUGUGCUUCGAUGCCAACACGAAAUCUGUGAUUAUUAUUUUUUACCUUAAUUUAUUGCCGAGUACACACCGAAUAACAAGAAAACAUGUGACUAAACUUGCUACAAAAUCUCAGAUUUAAAAGAAUGUAAAUAUGGCAGAAGGUGGAACAGAACCAAAGUCCAAUGACAAUCAAGUGUCUAAACUUCAAUUAGACGUGAAUGAGUGUCUUGGUAACUGGCUAGUGUAUUUACAGACACUCAAUGGCUUAUGCACAGCCGGUGCAAAGUUGGCUCAGUCUUUACAAACACUUUUGUCAGCUCAUGAUACUGUGGCACAAUGUCGAUUAACUGGACAGUGUCUUGCUGGUUGGGAAGAACUUACACGAGCAACAUAUGUAGCGAAUAAUACUGUCAAGAAUCAUAUUAUUUCUGCCUUGAAAGAUCAUGAAACUCGAGAUAAUGAAAGAGACAAACAUGACAUACUUAGAGAUAAUCUAUUAACUUUCAUAAAUCUGCAAUAUCAAUUUUGUGUUGCUUGCUGUGAGUGCCUAGGUGGAAUGGCAGAAUGCUCUUGUUCACAAAGUGGCACAGCCGAAUGCAACAUUGCAUCUCUUCAACAGUGUUUUGAAAGAUUAUAUAGUUCACCACCACCAGUGUCUUCUUCAUCGAUGCAACAGUCUGUGCAGAACUGUCGUAGAUCACCUUUACCGUAUCCAUUAUUUCCUCUGCAGGUUCAGAGGAGGUGGUCUGAAACAGCAGCUGCAGAAAUGUCAGGUGAAGUGUCGGAAAACACAAUGAGAAGGUGGUCUAUGCCAUGGGAUUGCCGAAAUAUAACAGACUGGCCCAGGCAGGAUGCCAGGUCAAGAUUAAGGGUUCCUCAUCAAGACAGGAGUAGGUCCACUACACCCGAUACAAUAUGGAAAACAUCUACCAUGGCAAGUCAGGAUGGCCUGCAAGAGGCAAUUCAAUUGUUAUCUUGCAAACCAGGAGUUAGACCUUUAAAUCAAGUAUCGGCAUAUACGUUAACAACGUGCAAUUUUGAGUCAAAUUAUGACUCGAUGAUUUGGCCAGGAUCUCGUAAAGUAGGUUCAUCGAGGUGUUGGCCGCAAGAUUCUCAUUCGAGUGAUCACUCUGAUCAGUCCGGACGUCGUGAAAGUGACCAAAGUGCACACAGUGGAGAGCACAGGGAUUCAGAACCCAGUGGAGCCACUGGUAGCCACGCAGACAGCAAAGAUAGCAUUCAUUCGCAUAGCGAUCAUAGAGAAGUCGAACUCGGUACUGUAGAUAUAUUACUGUCUCGUAAAAGCAGCUCUUCGACAGAUUCUUGCAUAUCAGCCCAUAGUCGUUCAGGUUCCGAGAGCGCUGGUGGUGGGGUAAUGCAUGGAAUGCGCGAGAUCUCAGUUAUACUCGAUGUGGAGCGGCAGCGACUUGCCUUUCAUUAAAUUGCCAGAAAGUAACGAGACACAGGACGAACACCCACCUGUCUAAAUAUUCGGUAUUCCCAGGGAAACGAUUUAUGCUUCCUUCCGAACACUGUCGCUGUGCGUACCAACGCGAACGAUUAAAAUCGUUCGGUAUCAUCGUAUUUAUAGGCGUGACACAGUAACAUGCGCUAAUAGUGCGUAUAUGAAUUAAUGUAUGCGAUCGUUGAAGGAACGCGUAAAACGCGGCAUUUGAUGAUUAAUAUAACAAAGUAGAGUUGAACGAUUGUGUUUGUAUAUCGCGCGAUAGAUCGGUAUUUACAUAAUCAUUCGAGGGAUGGAAGGUACCACGAAGUGGAUCCAUUUAGAAAACUUUAUAGUAACGAUUUUUUGAAAGAAUUAUUUACACUAGUCUAGCCACGAAUGAUUAUUCCAUAUCGAUCCCGUAUCCCCUCUCUAGUCUGUCAAUAAUUUCCAGGGGGAGAAUUUGCUCGUCGUUAUUUUCAUAGUGGACACUCUCUGGAUCCACUGUUCAUAAAGCUCUAACGGUAUUUGCAUUUUACGUAUCUACAUGUACUAAUAGUUUUAUUUACAUUUAACCGCAUGAAUCGGAUAUUAAGUCGAAAAUAUACCUGUUCGAUCCUUCGUAUUGUCUCAAUGUUGUGCAUUGGCGUAACCAAGUGCAGUAUUAAACCAUAUCAUAUAAAUCGCACACCCUCCGACCUGAUUAUUAUGUACACCAACAACGGUGCGCAUUGUCCAUGCUCCUUUGAACCGCAUGCCCCUGUUAUUCUUUUGACAUCAAUCGUACACACGUUCUUUGUUUUUCUUGCAAUGGACGCGUAUUCGUUUUCGAGCGAUCGCGUAUGUUCGGACAGGAGGACGAAGGUUCGAAGAACAUGGACAACGUUCACCAUUGACAUUAUAAAAUCGGCAGGCACGAUACGCGUGGGUAGUCAAGAACGAUUCCACAAAUGUACAAUUUUAUUCAUAUGGCACAGGAAAGUAAUAAAACAUUCGAUGCUAUAGGGCUA